GACGCCGAUAGAACUGACGUCUCGCAAUUAGAGCCAGCGAAUAUCUCAACCCUCCCCCCUCCCCUUCCAAGAGUGUUUUGCUUAUGUCUUGCGCCUGCACAGAAUUGGGAUUUUGCAGAUACCCGUCCUGCAGGUGAUACGUCUCAGGUACUUGAGUUCUGGUAGAUGAUGCGAUCCCGUUGAUCUUGCGCGCAUCAGACACUGUCCCAGCAUACAAAGACAUAGCCGGCGCACAGUACUUGGGAUUUUCAGAUUGGACCGCAUACUGUCGGCGAUAUGGCGACAGUUCUGGUCCAACAGCAAUCAAUUCGACACUCUGCGACUCCGCCCCCCGUCUCUCCAGCCCUCAGUCUCAAUGUUCGCCCUCGCACUCCCACGACUAUCCCUAACAAACAUAUUCCAGCGUGCCCUCCCGGAUCAGCGCCACAGGCCGUCUCACCAAUAGAGCAGACAGGCGUUUCAUUAACCUCGCUGCUAUACCCACCUGAUCGCUUUAGGAAGUUAUCCAAAUCUCCCCCUAUCUACUCCAUCACUGCGUCUGCGCUUGCUGCUGCCCUAGAUCAUCUAGCCACCCAGCCCCUGCCAGACCCUAAACAAGUCUUUCCGUGGCUACAUGGCUUACACCCCUUUAACGGGGUCCAGUCGGCCUUUUUCGUCAACAGGAAGCGAUCCCUGCGGCGCAUACCGAGAUGCUUCCGCUCCUUGACUCUGGUAAGUCUAGACGGUGAUCUUACAAAGUCCCGUCUGCGAGGAGCCGUGUCUCUCGAUGAGAUUCUCGAUACCAGCGGCACUGAAUUCAUCGACGCCGACCCGAUCUAUGGAUUUUCUGUUCGCAACUUCCAUAUUCAGACUGCCAAAUUGGCGCCGCUAUCGGAUAUUGUGAUUUAUGCGGAAAGGAACGCUGAUCCUUCUCAUUUGUUUGAUGCUGCGCAGAAAGUUGCCAUCGCCCAACAGAAUUGGAGGAUGAAACAUGAUCCCGCUCAAGAGACUCCACUGUUCAAUACGUUUAUCUUAUCUGAUCCGUUUGAAGAGAUUGAGCAACGAUAUCAUGACUUGGUUGCGAUAGAUUCCCAAGGACACAUCACAGGGAAGGUGAUGGACUUUUUUCAAUGGGAGCGUAAUGAGAUGUGCAGCAUGUCCAAAGCCUCUGAAAUCUCGAAAAACGUCUGGCUAGGCCCAAGUCCGGAUAUACUCAUGUCUUCAGAUGAUCAAGACCAAGCACAUGUACCUCACUUUGACUUGACAGUCGAAGCAAUUGAUCUUGCCCCGAUCCCUGGUCCUCGGUACUUGGAAAAAGUGCGCAAGAAUCUCGAGGAAGAAGAAUGGGCCGAAGGCAUGCCGAUGCAAUUUCCUUCUUCAGGGAGUAUUGUGCCGCAGCUUGAAGCGAAUCGAGACCAGGAGGAUUUCGUGAAUACUGUCCGUUGGCUAUACGACCUCGCCAACCCGGAGGACAAUGGAUCAGAUAUCGAGGAGCUGGAUGAUAUCCCAAUGGAAGACUCGACCUCAUAUAAGAUCUUGAUUCACUGUGCCGAUGGCUACACAGAAAGCUCACUGCUAGCGGUCGCGUACUUUAUGUUCGCCGAAGGUCUACCGCUAGAUAGAGCAUGGAUCAAACUUCACCGUGAAAAGGGACGCAAUUUCUUUGCAUAUCCUUCCGAUGUGGUUUUCCUGCGUAGCAUCCAGCAACAACUUCUUGAACAGAGUCCUGCUGCCUCUAGUCUGAACUUGGAUGUUUAUUGUGAGCCGGCAUGGCUUCGGAAAAUGGACGGUUCAUUGCCCAGUCGCAUACUUCCUUAUAUGUAUUUGGGCAACUUGGCGCAUGCAAACAACCCGGAACUCUUGCGAGAAUUGGGAAUCAAGCGGGUGCUGAGCAUUGGGGAGCCCGUCUCUUGGUCUGAAAAAGAAAUUGAAAGCUGGGGGGAAGACAAUUUAAUGUUUAUCGGCCAGGUACAGGAUAAUGGGAUAGAUCCGUUGACGCAGGAGUUUGAAAAUUGUUUGUCAUUCAUUGAACAAGGAAAGGCCGAUAGAUCUGCUACCCUGGUGCAUUGUCGCGUUGGCGUUUCGAGAUCUGCUACUAUCUGCAUAGCCGAAGUCAUGGCGUCGUUGGGCUUAUCUUUUCCUCGAGCAUAGUGAGUUACCACCGCACCCUUAGACGGGGGAAUAACGCUAACGGAAUAAAAAAACAGCUGUUUCGUCCGAGCAAGAAGACUAAACGUGAUUAUCCAACCUCAUCUCCGAUUUGUGUACGCACUCACCUUUCCUCCUUUCUUUGACCUGCCACUAAUAUACUAAAUAGUUAUGAACUCCUGAAAUGGGACGAACAGCAACAACAAAAGCGACGAGAACCACUCAGACGAGAACUGGAAUGGGCAAGCGUCGCUCGCGAGAUUGCUUUAAUGAAUAAGCCGUAUUCUCGACAGCAAUGAUUCUGAAUGACGAGAUGACUGAAUUGAGUUGUGGGACUUGAUCUUGAUGAGUUAUGAACGAAGAUAUACGAAAAUUCCAAAUCGAAGACUCCUAAAGGAAUGGCGAAAUACUUUUAUACACGAUGAAAUGACUAUAUGACGAAAAUCCCGGAAAUACGUCGAAUUGCAGCAAUGGAUACGAAUAUGAAUAUGGAAUGGUAUGGUAUGGUAUGGUAACAUGGGUAUGGACAGGAACAGGAGCGAUCAAAUCUGGAAUCAUGCGGAGUUUCUUUUUCCAUGGCGUUUGAUUCGUGCUAUUUUCUUCUGAUAUGAUAUAUUUAUGGCUUGUUUUUAUGAUUCAUUUCAUGUCAUGUCUUGCUCAUUUUACUCUAUGAUGUUCUGGUUAGCAAGUUAUGUAUGUGCGAAUUAUUCUUGAUGGAUGGAUGGAUGGGAUUUUACGGGAAUAUGUAUGAAUUUCAGGAUUUAUUCUUUAUAUGGCUAAAGAUCUCUUUGACUUUCUUC